CACGCUCUGAGCCCAUGCUGAUCCCUCCCUCGCAGCGAUGGACGACCCGACGAAGCUGAUCCGCGUCUCGGCGUCGGACGGCAAGAGCGGCGACUCGCGCGAGCUGGCCUACACGAACUGCAAGGUCAUCGGCAAUGGCUCCUUCGGCGUCGUGUUCCAGGCACGGCUUGUCUCGGGCGGCAACGGCAACCUCGUCGAGGGCGCCGGCGCCAGCGCCGGCGCCGGCGAGGCCAGCAAGACGCCAAGGGAAGAGCAGGAGGACGUGGCGAUCAAGAAGGUGCUGCAGGACAAGCGCUUCAAGAACCGCGAGCUGCAGAUCAUGCGCAUCGUCGCACACCCCAACGUCGUGGACCUGCGCGCCUUCUUCUACUCAAAUGGCGACAAGAAGGACGAGGUGUUCCUGAACCUCGUGCUCGAGUUUGUGCCCGAGACGGUGUACCGCGCCUCGCGGCACUACGCCAAGCUGAAGCAGACGAUGCCGAUGCUGCUCAUCAAGCUGUACAUGUACCAGCUGCUGCGCAGUCUGGCCUACAUCCACAGCAUCGGCAUCUGCCACCGCGACAUCAAGCCGCAGAACCUGCUGCUGAACCCGACGACGGGCGUGCUCAAGCUGUGCGACUUUGGCAGCGCCAAGAUCCUCGUCGCCGGCGAGCCCAACGUCUCGUACAUCUGCUCGCGCUACUACCGGGCGCCCGAGCUCAUCUUCGGCGCCACGAACUACACGACGAACAUUGACAUCUGGUCGACGGGCUGCGUGAUGGCAGAGCUGAUGCAGGGCCAGCCGCUGUUCCCGGGCGAGAGCGGCAUUGACCAGCUGGUGGAGAUCAUCAAGGUGCUGGGCACGCCGACGCGCGAGCAGAUCAAGACGAUGAACCCCAACUACAUGGAGCACAAGUUCCCGCAGAUCCGGCCGCACCCCUUCAGCAAGGUGUUCCGGCCACGCACGCCGCCCGAGGCCAUCGACCUCAUCAGCCGCCUGCUCGAGUACACGCCCAGCGCGCGUCUCACCGCCGUCGAGGCGCUCUGCCACCCCUUCUUCGACGAGCUGCGCACGGGCGAGGGCCGCAUGCCCAACGGCCGCGACAUGCCUGCGCUCUUCAACUGGACCAAGGAGGAGCUCUCGGUGCGCCCAGACCUCAUCAACCGCCUCGUGCCGCCGCACGCCGAGGCCGAGCUGCUGUCGCGCGGCAUCGACGUGCACAACUUCCAGCCGCUCUCGCCCGAGUCGCUGCGCGUCACGCUCGACUAAGGCUCUCGCGCAGCAUCAGGAGCGCGCGCAAAGAAAGAGCGAAGAAGGGCGAAGGGACGUUGAGAGCUGGAUGUGCGGGCAGUCACUCGAGGCGCCAGCGGCAAAGGACACACGACGUUCCCAGCAUCUGUACAUAAUCCGGUUAUUUCCAAGCUACGCUGCGGUGCUCUCUCUCGCAUCGCGUCACGACGUUUCUUCUCUCCUCGGCGCCUCGCUUGCUCGCUUCUACGCCCAAGCUGGCGCCUCUCGCUCUCCCUCUCUCUCCUUCGUCGACGGCCGCAGCGCGUGCAAUCUGCGGAGGCAGCCCUGCUGCAGCUGCAUGCGUUCUCUGCCGCCGACUCCCAUCUCGCCAUACCACCCCAUCUCUCUCUCACCCUAUCGCUUGCCGCUGUGCCAGCGUGCAGAGAGGAGUGCGCGCCUCAA